GCUGCCAUUUAAUUGCAGCUCAACAAAUAUGCGCACGGCUUGGGUGUGGAAAAGAUCAAGGUGGCCAACUGGACGUAUAUGGCCGCCUGUGGUCUGGACGUUUCGCGCACCGAGCGGGUGAAUGCACCGCAGGUGAAAUUCCGCAAUGUCUCGCUUAUGCCCAAUGGCAGACGCAGUCAGUAUCGUCCCGCUGGUCCCGAGCAAAUGCAGCGCGUUUAUGGCAAUGGAAGCACGCUGGCGCUGGAUCUGGAACGUGGCCAGUACGAAGGCAAUAUGAUAAGCAGCACGCCGCGUUUAAGCAACGAAAACUCUGGGAACAAUGAAGAGGUAGUCAAGGUAAUGGCGCACUUUGCGUUGGACUUAAUGCGCGCCAUGAAGCGCUUCAAUGCGGAGAAUAUGCAGUCGGAGUAUGAGGGCAGCACAGAUUAUGGCAUGUUAAGAAUUGGCAUAUCACAUGGCCGCGCCAUGGCGGGUGUGGUGGGCAUAUCGAAACCACAUUAUGAUAUUUGGGGAAAUCCCGUGAAUAUGGCCUCACGCAUGGAUUCGACAGGUGUGCCGGGCAAGAUACAAGUGACGGAGAAUACGGCAUUAAUGUUACGUAAAUUUAAUAUACAAUGCAAUUAUCGUGGCAAAACCUUUGUCAAGGGGCGUGGCAGUAUACCGACCUAUAUACUGGCAACCGAUAAAGAAUAUAAAGGAUUUUUGCCACAUCAACCUGAUAGCAAUGAACCUAGUUCAAAUUUGUAA